UCAGUCCAUCUAUCCCCGCCCCCAUCGCGUUCACAGCAGCGCCGGGCCCCGCCCUCUGUCACUCGCACCUACCGGGACAUCGCGGAGAGAGAUACAGAGCGCCGGGAGAGGACAGGUAGUACAAUGGAUUUGGUACUGAAUGCAGCAGACCAUUACUUUUUCACCCCCUACGUCUACUCAAGUUCCUGGAGUGAGGAUGAUCCCUUCCGCCAGCUCAUCGGCCUCUUCGUGAUCACCAAUCUGGGGGCUCUCGUCAUUUACUUCCUCUUUGGGGGUCUCAGUUACUAUUUUGUGUUUGACCACUCUUUGAUGAAGCACCCGCAGUUCCUGGAGAACCAAGUCCGGCGAGAGAUUGUCUUCUCGGUGAAGUCCAUGCCGUGGAUAAGCAUUCCAACAGUCGCCCUAUUCUUUGCCGAAGUCCGGGGAUACAGCCGGCUCUAUGACAACAUUGACAGCUCCCCCUACGGCUGGUUGGGGGUAGUUUUCAGUAUGUUCUCGUUCCUCUUCUUCACGGAUAUGUGUAUAUACUGGAUCCAUCGAUUCCUGCAUCAUAAACUGAUUUACAAGACUGUCCACAAGCCUCAUCACACCUGGAAAGUGACCACGCCCUUCGCCAGCCACGCGUUUCACCCCCUAGAUGGCUUUGUACAGAGCUUGCCCUAUCACAUCUAUCCCUUUAUUUUCCCCUUGCACAAGAUCACCUAUCUGGGACUGUACAUCUUCGUCAAUAUCUGGACUGUAUCCAUUCAUGAUGGCGAUUACCGCGUUCCUAAGUAUCUCGAGAAUAUCAUUAACGGAGCUGCGCAUCACACGGACCACCACCUGUAUUUUGACUACAAUUACGGCCAGUAUUUCACUCUCUGGGAUAAAAUAGGAGGGUCCUACAAGAACCCAUCCGCCUUGGAAGGAAACGGGCCUCACGAUUUAUGCAAAAAGCUCGAGGACGAGAGAACAAAUCUGAAAACAAAGGACGAUAAAAAGAGCAAAUAAGAUCCCAACGCAAAGUGAAGUGAAACAUUAAAAUGCUCUUACAGCCCA